AUGAAGCAGCAGCAGCGCCAGCAGCCGAGCAGCGUCACCCCACCUGUGCCGCAUGGCGAUGGAGGAAGCAAGUCGUUAACGCAGGUGCCAGACGUGCCGAGCCGCCGCUCCAGCAGUAGGCGUGGAAGGUCUUUUCUCUUUUCCCGCCCAUCGAAGAGGGGCGCAACGCACCAGCCGCAACCUCAGCGACAUCAACAGAAGGAGCAGCUGUUGAAGGUUACGUCAGCGCGUGGCAGUGGCAGAGCGAGCAUGGCCGGCAGCACCGGUGGUGCGGUGGCAGCGGCAGCAGCGUCGUCCAUCACCGCUGCAACGGAGGACCCGCCAAUUGCACCUGCACUGGUGCACGAGUCCACGGAGGACCACGCCGACCCGCUGAAUAUCCGUCACCUUAUGACGGAUAAUCACUGCCACGGUAGUAGUAAUAGUGGUAGUAGUAUGAAUAACAACGAACAUAGCAGCAGUGAUGGCAACAACAACGUCCACACAGGUAACAUGCCGUGUGAGAAGUCGUCGCAGCCGUUGGCAUCACCGCUGCCGAUGAAAGCGCCGCCGGUGCGUCAAACCGCGCGGUCAAGUUUAAGUGCGCGACCACCGGCGUCGCUGGCGUCUUCGUGCAGAGACAAUAGUAACGGAAAGGAGACUGCGCAACAGCGGCUGAUGGGAAGUACGAUAAGGCGUAGAGAACAGCGGCGACGGGAGAUAUACGCGUGGAACGAGGAGCUGCGACUUAAACAUCAGAACAACAGCGCAGCAGAUGCGGUGUAA